UCUCGCGGGCCGCUGGGGUCACUGGCAGUUGGAGCCGCGGCCGAGUAGCCAGCCGCUCCGCAAGAGCUCGCCGCUGCCGCCCCCGGAGCCGCCGAGGCCAGCUUCGCGGCGCUGCCCCGCGGCGGGAGAGGGAGGCUGCAGGGGAGCGGAGGCGGCGAGCGGGCGCGGCGGCCGGCAGCCUGCGGCAGGGCUCGGGCGCGCACACUCAGGCGGCCCGGGAGCCACGCGAGCUGCGCGCCCGCACGCGCCGGUUGGGACUCGCUCCUUGCUGUGCCUCCGGGCGCCGGGCCUCUCCGCCCUCCCGCAGGCUCGCCGGGGCCGGCGGCCCGAGGAGCAGCAUGGAUCUGCGGCUCUGCGUGCGGGCGCUCCUGCUGCUCUGGCUCUCCUUGACCGCGGUGUGUGGAGGGCCCCUGGUGCAGCCUCCUGAGGGGAAGGGGCUGGAGGAAGGCAAAGUCCGCCACCUGGUGCAGCCCAGAGCCUCGAGGAAUGGACCAGGGCCUUGGCAGGGGGGUCGGAGGAAAUUCCGCCGCCAGCGGCCCCGCCUCUCCCAUAAGGGCCCCAUGCCUUUCUGAAGCAGGAUGGAAGGGGCCCCUGAGUGCCCACGCGCUGCAGCUCUCUGUGCUCCAUGCCUUGGUCUGCUUCUCCGGAGCCCUCAUACCCAUUCAGCUUUCGUCUUACACCUGUUCUAGCUGCUGAUGGUCCCGGCUCUUCUCACCCACCAGCUCCCCGGAUGGCGCCCACGAUUCCCUUUCCCCAGGAUCCAUCCACCCCAUCUUCCUGGCGCCUCUCGGACUGACCUGGAAGACCCAGCCCUGGAAGGCCUUCCUUCUCCUCCACCCUGCGCUCCAGUCACUGCCUCUCCCAUCUAACUCACCAACCUCGUGUCUGCCCCGGGGGCUGGGUGGAAACGGUCCCUUCCUCAGGGGGCUCCAGCAUCCCAUGUUUUCUUGUCAGCUGGACCCCGGGCCCGCCCGGCCUGCAGAGGGGAAUACAGACAUGCAGUGACAGGCUCUCUAGCUGGAGGGGCUUGGUGCUGGGAUCCAGGCAGGGUGCACUGAAACGGGGGUGGGGGUGGCACCCUGGAGAAGGGGGUUGAAGCACCACUUAGCUGUGGCUUCCUCCCCCUCCCGGUGUUUGAGCUCAGCUAGGGAAGAGGUGAAGGAAGAAAAGAGGCCCGUGAAGUACUGUGUCACUUCUCUCACCUUACUGUGCCUCCUAACACUCCCUGUCCUCCCCACCCCAACCAAGCUAGGUCAAGCUCCAGGUCAUGAGGGGAGGGUGCCAGGCCUGACACGGCUUUAUACCCUCCCAGGAGUAAAAGCCAAGCAGGAAAGCUGUUUAUGCCAAGAAUGACAGAAUAUCAGAGCCCAAAGGACCCUUGGAGAUCAGCCGCCUUAUGCAAACGCCUGCGAAAACAGGCCUGGAGAGGGGAGUGACCUGCUCAGGGUUACUGCAGAGCCAGGAUGGCGACUGGGUCUCCCAGCUUUAUGAUGUCCUUUCCGCUCUCGAUGAUGUCUUUUCAAAGCGAAUGAAGUGCCUUUUCCCGAGGUUGGGGCUGGGGGCGGCUGGGAAGGGGAGAGACAGGCAAGCUGGCUGUGAACUGCCCCAUUGUGGGGGACGGAGCUGCUCCCACCUCCCUGGCCUUCCCCAGCUGGGCCGAAAGCUUCCAGAACUGGCCAGCUGCCCCCAUUCGGGCAGCAUUCCCAGCCUGGGGUACUGUAAUAGGGGCCGCUCAAGCACUGAGACUAUCAUUCAAACCCCAGCUGUGUCUUUUUGUGAGCCAAAGGUAGCCUUAACUCUUGAGCUCAAUAGCCUUCCCUUCGUGUUAACUGGACCUUCUUCCCCAUGGCCUUUCCUUGGGGUGGGGGGGUGCAAAGAGUGGAGAAGAGGGAAGGAAAGGAAAGGAAGGGAAGGAAGGAGGAAAAGAUGGGAGGAAGUGCAGGUGGGAUAGCCCCCCUAGGAGGCCCCAGCUUCCAUGAGGGGCCUAUACUAGCCCUUCCCUGCAUGGGGGCUCUCUCACCUUUUGCCUGACCAGGUUUCCUUCUUAGAGGCCUCCCAGGAGGGCAAAAAGAGAAUACAAGAGCCUGAUGCCCCCCUAUGUAUGUGUGGGAGCAGGGGGAGUCAGGGUCCCCCGAGUCCCACAGUAACCCCAAUGUCUGCCUGUCCGCCUCCCCCGAGUCCUUUCCCUCUGCUGCUGCUAACACUGCUGCUGCUUCAAGGCCCGCCCUGGGGAGCCAGCCUCUCCCACUACUCCUCAGGCUUGGAAUGGGGACUGGCCAGUGUCCAGAAAGCACCUGCCACUGAUGCCCCCACCAGGGCCCGGGCCUUCUUCCCCCUCCUUUCUGCAUCUCCUUUCUCAUCAGCCUGCAGCCGAGCCCAGCCCCAUGGGGAGGAGGAGAAAGCAGGGUGGCUGAGGAAAUGGGAGAUACCGGGCAGAGGAGGGUAGUAGGUGGGUCGAGGGGGGACUGUCUUAUUUAAAGUGGUUGUGUAUGAUUCUUAUACUAAUUUAUACAAAGAUAUUAAGGCCCUUUUCAUUAAGAAACUGUCCCCUUCCCAUAAUUGUGUUCAUUGUGUUUGUAAAGAUUGUUCUGUGUAAAUAUGUCUUUAUAAUAAACAGUUAAAAGCUGACAAUUCACCCUUACUCUUGGAGGUCAUAUUCAGGAGGAAUGUCCCUUUCCCCCGAGGGCCACAGUUGUCCCUGUGUCCACAUAUUGCACGUGCAGGGAGGUAAGUGCCUGCAUCCCAAAUCGGUUCUAAGUCAACUGGCCUCAAACCGAUUUGCCACGAGCUCACAAAAGGAAUCCCUAUGUUCACAUAAAAUCCAGCUCACUUUUAAGUUUUUUGGCAUCUGUUUGGGUGUCCUAACAUUUUUUGGGGGGGCAAUGUCAUUUAAAGGAUUUUUUAAAAAGCAAUUUAUUGACAAACAUGCUGACUAAAUGGAUUUCUACUAAAGACUGUUUUGUAUCCUUGGUGGGUGUCUUCUUCUAUUUUAUCUACUUUUGAACACUUUCAGGACUUUUUAGCCAGUUUGCCUUUCUUGAGAAAUGUUAUGUUUUCAGCAAUAAAUACAUUUGGUAAUGACUUUGUAUGUAUCAUUUUAUAUUUCACAAACUGGAGUUGCUUGAUAAAUGAGAUCACCUGAAAAAUAAAAUGCAAGGAGUUCAAUACAA